AUGAGCGCAACGGACUGUUCUCCGGGGACCUCCCCUCGCUCCAGAAGGCGGGCAACCCCCAAUGUCUCAUCCAGAUAUGCUAAUUCCCAGUCUCCAAGUCAGGAGAACUUUACUCCUCUCCCUUCAAUCAAUGAGCGCUUGGCCUUUCUCCGUCCCUCCCGUGAGCUGCUGGAAUACUACCGCAAGAAGAUUGCUGAGUUUGAUGAGGAACAUGAGGAUUUGGCAAAAAGGCUGGAGAGAUACAAAGAAACAUAUGAUGAGCAGCACAAAUUGCAAUGGGAAGUACGUCAGCGAGAAGAGGAGAUUGCAGAGCUGCAAAAGGCUUUGAGUGAUAUGCAAGUCUACCUCUUCCAGGAGAGGGAACAUGUCCUCCGUCUUUACUCAGAAAAUGACCGGCUGAAAAUCAGGGAAUUGGAGGAUAGAAAAAAAAUUCAGCAUCUCCUGGCUUUACUGGGAACAGACAAAGGAGAAGUUACGUAUUUUCACAAGGAGCCUCCACAUAAGGUUACUGUUCUGCAAAGGCCAGUUAAAUCCAGAGAGUCACACGAACGAGAUGAUACUUCUAGAACAGGCACCAAGAGGAGCACUUCAAAACCAGCAGCAAAAGGAGAGAAACCAGAAUGUCCUGAGAGAUAUCAGAGAGAUAAUCAAACACUUCUACUUCAGGUGGAGGCCCUGCAAGCUCAGAUAGAAGAACAGACACGAUUAUCCAAGGAACAGGUUGAGGCACUGCUAGAGGACAGGCGCAUUCAUAUGGAGGAAACCCAGGUCCAGCAUCAGAGGGACCAGGACAAGAUCAAAACUAUAACAGAUAAACUCCAUAAGACCCAAAAUCUCUUAUAUGAGAGUACCCGUGACUUUCUCCAGCUCAAGUUUGAUGCCCGAGCCAAUGAGAAAGCAUGGAUGGUAGAGAAGGACAGUCUGUUAAGGAAACUGGACGAAGAUCUGGAUCAGCUUAUUGUCAGCACAGAGCCAGGAAGAGAGAAGAAGCAGAGACAUACCAAGAAGAUGCUUCGAGCAGAUGAUGGAGCUUGGAAACUCCACAGCAGAGAAAUAAAGUCACUGCAAGAACAGCUAAUGCAGGAACAGCGCCUAUCAAACAUGUAUAGAGAGCAGUGUGUCACCCUGGAAGGUGAGCUGGCUAGGAUUCGUGAGGAGGGAGAUGUUGGCAGAGAACUCUUUAAGGAACGCUCAGAAAAGAUGGGGAAGCGCCUGAAGCUGAUGACUCAGCGAUAUGAGGCCUUGGAAAAACGUCGUAAUAUGGAAGUGGAAGGCUUCAAGAAUGACAUUAAACAGCUUCGGCAGAAGCUGAAAGAUGUAGAGAAGCAGCUGUUUAAGGUGACUCUGAAUAUUGGACCAGACCAGGAUCUUGCAAUUCUACAUGAGGUCCGCCAAGGAAACAGACUAACCCGUAAAAUUCAAGGAGAACUAAAAAACUUAAAAGCAAAAAUCUAUGGUUUAGAGAAUGAACUACGGGUCUGCUGAAGCUGAGGUAUUAGCUGGCAUCCUAGUUUUA